GAGAACGUUGUUGCCAUGUAGUGAACCCCUCGUGAGUUCGUGUAUUCAGCAGUCAGACCAGUAGGCCUAUUGUAGGCCUAUUGAGAUUCAGAUGAGGCUCGUUCUGGCGCUGAUGGCGGUGGGCCUUCUGCAAGUGGGGGCCCUCCCUGCACCCUCAAAGCAGUCCAGUCUGGACCCCAGCAUGGAGGACCAAGUGCCCCCCAUCAGCAGUGAGGUGGUGGAGGGCCCCUCCGUCCCCCCAGAGCUGGAGGGCCUGACCACCAAGUCCUACCUGUUUGGCGACAACGUCAACCUGAACUGGACCGCGUUCGAGGACGCCCUGCCCGAAGGCGCCGUGGGCAUCUACAACGGCUACACCUCCCGCACCGACUACAUCUGCAAGUUCAACUGCGAGGCCGGUUUCUACACGCCCAGCAAGGGCCCUUACUGCAACUACGCCUACGGCGACCGCGAGUACCACGCACCCGCCUUUGAGAUCCUGGUCAACCGCGACAACUUUGAGUUCCUGGAGUGGAAGGAGGACUCGUACGGCGGCGUGCCCCGCGACUCGGUGGGCACCUGCAACUCCAAGAAGAUCUACGUGGGCAAGAACAAGUACGGCCUGGGCAAGGUGGUGCCCGAGCACGAGGCCUUCUUCCUGCCCUGGGAAGGCGACGAGUACUGGUACAAGAGCUACCAGGUGCUGAGCAUCAACCGGGAGGCCUACACGCAGCACAUCUCGCACGUGGAGUACAAGGUCAACGAGGUGGAGCUCUUCCAGUACCCGCCCGAGUCCAUGCAUGUCUCCAGUGUCACCAACAACGAGUGCCGCGAGGUCACCAAGACCGUGUCCAUGCAGAAGAGUACGGAGAAGUCCAACAGCUGGAACAUCGGCCGCGCCACCAUGCUGGGCAUCACGGGCACCAUCUCCGUCAAGAUCCCCUUCGUGGGCACCGGCGGCGUGGAGCUGGGCGGCGAGCAGACCUUCUCGUACGACAAGACCACCACCGUCACCGAGACCAUCGCCCACACCAACUCCAUCGAUCUGACAGUGCCGCCCAACCACACCUGCCGCGUGCGCAUGGAGGGUCGCAAGAUGAAGAUGGACAUCCCCUUCAAGGCGCGCCUGAGCCGCACCUACGUCAACGGCGAGACCCAGUGGACCUCCGUCAACGGCAUGUACGACGGCGUGCAGGUCGGGGAGGUGCGCACGGUGGUGGAGCGCUGCGAGCCUGUGCCCGACGCCCUGCCUUGCUUCUAAACGCAGACUCACAAUGUUUGGAGUGAAACUGACAGACUUCUGACGUGUGUAAUAAUGUCAAUAAAAUGAUAUUA